GCCCGGAGACUCCGGAAAGCGGGCUGGAAAUGCCGAGCUGCCCCACGGAGCGCCGACCUCGGAAGGCGGGGUUCGGGCAGGAGCGAGGUCAACGCAGCGAAACAGUUGCACUAUUUAUCACUCCUGUUCUCAACAUUUCCUUCUCAAUAACUCUUGGGAGUGUUGCUAGUACCUCUUUUCAGUCAAAAGCCUCCUUAAAUUCUUAGUCUUGUCAGGUCAAGCUGCGAUUGGCGAUACACAGCAGCUCCUUCUCCCUGGCCGUCGUCCAUCGCCUCUUCCACUCCGCGCCGUUUGCAGGGAAAAUAAAGCUGCCCAACUCAGCGCUUUACGAGGGAAAAAAAGGUCCAACAGGGAAGGAACGUCUGCAGAAAGGACCAAUGGCGACAUACAAUAUUGUCGUUUUCGGUGGUGACCAUUGCGGUCCCGAGGUUGUCGCCGAGGCUAUCAAGGUUCUCAGGGCCAUUGAGACUCAUAGCCCGUCGGCUGGCAAAUUCAACCUCCAGGAGCAUCUCUUGGGCGGUGCCUCCAUCAAAGCGCACAACUCCGCCCUAACCGACGAGGCCCUGAUGGCCGCCAAAACCGCCGACGCCAUCCUUCUCGGCGCCAUCGGCGGCCCGGAAUGGGGGCCCUCGUCGCCCGUGCGCCCGGAGCAGGGCAUCCUCAAGCUGCGCAAGGAGCUCGGCACCUACGGCAACCUGCGGCCGUGCAGCUUCGCGUCCGACUCGCUCGUCGACUCGUCCCCGCUGAAGGCCGAGGUGUGCCGCGGCACCGACUUUGUUGUCGUCCGCGAGCUGACGGGCGGCAUCUACUUUGGCGAGCGCAAGGAGGAUGACGGGUCCGGGUUCGCGAUGGACACCGAGCCGUACUCGCGCCCUGAGAUUGAGCGGAUCGCGCGCCUGGCCGGGUUCUUGGCGCUGGCUAGGAGCCCGCCGGCCAAGGUCUGGAGCCUGGACAAGGCCAACGUGCUGGCCACCAGCCGGCUGUGGAGAAAGGUGGUGACGGAGGUGUUUGAGAAGGAGUUCCCGCAGCUGGAGCUCAACCACCAGCUGAUUGACAGCGCGGCCAUGCUCAUGGUCAAGAACCCGCGCGCGCUGAACGGCGUGGUCAUCACGAGCAACCUAUUUGGGGACAUCAUCAGUGACGAGGCGUCGGUGAUUCCGGGGAGCAUUGGCCUAUUGCCGAGCGCGAGUUUGGGGGGGAUUCCGGAUGGGAAGAGCAAGUGUAAUGGGAUUUAUGAACCGAUUCAUGGCUCUGCCCCGGACAUUUCCGGCAAGGGCAUCGUCAACCCCAUUGGCACCAUCCUCUCCGUCUCCAUGAUGCUGCGCUACUCGCUCAACCUGCCCAAGGAGGCGGCCGCUGUCGAGGCAGCCGUCAAGCUGGCCAUUGACAACGGCACGCGGACCAAGGACUUGGGCGGCAGCGCUGGGACUACUCAGAUGGGCGAUGCUGUGGUCGCCGAGCUGGUGAAGUUGCUCAAGGCUUGAACGGAUGGAUGGCGGCAGCUGGCCGGGGAACGGGGUCAACAUGGAUGUGUCGAUAUGGAUGCCUGGAUUUCAACCAAAAUGGACCAAUGGAGAGACAUAGGGAGAUCAGAGGACCAUGGUGGGAAAAUGGCUAGACAAACGGAUCGCAUGGCACCGCGGCGGGAUAGACGCCGGUCCGCAUUGAAUUCAUAUUAUUGCGCUGUGUCUUGCAGUUUUAAUCCUGAUCUGCGCUCGGAAG